CCCCCUUCUGGCUCGCAGGCCGGGAUCGCUCCGGUCGGGGGCUGCACCGCUGGGCCCCACCCUUGCCAGCUGUUGCAACCGCCCAGAGGCAGAACUAGUGGAAGGCGAGUUUGCAGAGAGCGCCGUCACACGUGUCUCCCCCAGGCCCCUCCCUAAGAAGACCCGCGCGAAGAACCGCAGCUCUUUCCUCCAGGAAAAAAAAACACCCAGCCUGGAUUGGGUUUGCAAGGAAAGUCCCCGCGCUUGGAGAACCCGCCCGGGUGGAGACUGGGAGAAGCGCCGCUCUCUGCCUCCUGCGCCUCUGCUCGCCUUCAGUCCAGACUCUGUCGCCAGUUGCUCCGUCCCGAACUUCCAGACCCGUUUUCCCUGCUCGGUCUGCUUUGGCCUCUGCAAGAGCAGCAGCAGCUCCGGGGCUUCGGGGCUGCAUUCCGACGCCCCGCACCCGCGCGCGGUCUUUUGCCAAGCCCGAGGGGAGCAAGCGGCGGUGGACGGGGGGCGACCCCUUGCCCAGCUGGGGAGCCAAGCGAGCGCGAAGGGACCUCCCGGCCAGGCGCCACUCCAGCGAGGGAAGCAGCCCAGCCGGCCGGGCCGAGGCGCUCUCAACUCUUCUCCCGGCCCGGCCCAGCGGCAAAGCAGCGCGCCAGGCGGGCGUCUUGGGCGGGACCUCCCCGGGCCGGGCGGGGAGCGCGGGAGGCGCCCCGGGGCGCAGCGGACGGGGCGGGCGGAUGGUGGGCUGCUGCUGCUGCGCCCGUGCCUAGUAGUGGCGGCGGCGGCGGCGGGAGAGAGGGAGGCGUCCGCCGGGCAUGCUGCGCCGGGAUGGCCUCGGCCGUGUUUGAGGGCACCUCGCUGGUGAACAUGUUCGUGCGGGGCUGCUGGGUGAACGGCAUCCGCAGGCUGAUCGUCAACCGGCGCGGGGACGAGGAGGAGUUCUUCGAGAUCCGCACCGAGUGGUCGGACCGGAACGUGCUCUACUUGCACCGCAGCUACUCCGACUUGGGCCGCCUCUUCAAGCGCCUGCUGGACUCGUUCCCCGAGGACCGGCCCCAGCUGUCACAGUCGCCGCUCCUGCAAGGAUUAAUUACAAUUAAAGAAUCUCAAGACAUAGAAGCCAGGCUUAACGAAGUAGAGAAGCUUCUCAAGAACGUCAUAAAUAUGCCUUGGAAGUACUCUCGAUCUGAAGUUGUCCUCACCUUCUUCGAAAGAUCUCCUUUAGACCAGGUGUUAAAAAAUGACAACGUCCAUAAAAUUCAACCAACUUUUCAAAGCCCCGUUAAAAUAUCAGAAAUCAUGCGCUCUAAUGGGUUUUGUUUAGCCAAUACUGAAACAAUAGUUUUUGAUCACAGUAUACCAAAUGGAAAAGACAAACAUUUGGAUGUAGAUUCGGCAGAACACUUGUUUGAGAAUGUUAGUGACUUCACAUCAGAAUUAGAAGACAGUGAUGAUCCAGCGGCAUAUGUCACCAACUUGUCAUACUAUCACCUUGUUCCAUUUGAGACAGAUAUUUUGGACUAAGUCUGUCAAAUGAACUUCAUGGCUGAUGCGUUAUGCAAGCCGUCCACUGCCACAUAGCAUUGCAUUAGUCACUCAUGCCAAAGCUGUAUGAUGAACAUCGAAGAAGGGCUGGCUAUAAAUACUUGUCUUGAAGCUGUAUAUGCUUGGUUCUUCACAGUGGCUUCUGGAGGCACCUUGAAAAGAUAAUGCUCUUUCCUGAACAGCUGAGAGACCGUUCAUAUUGCCAAAGGAAUGAAGCAAGCAUACCAGUGGCUUAAUAAUCUCAAGAAAAGACACGAUACUUCAAAGUUAGCUGUGCUCACAAUGCUGUCCAACAUGAGUAGAUGGAGCAAAAUGUUAUGGUGCACAUUCUUGCUGAUAUAGGAUCAGACUUGCGAAGAUCAUCCGAACCACUUCUCUCUCAAAAGUUUCCCAUUGUAAUAAUAUUAUAGCAUUUUCUUUGGAAGGUGUCCUUUUUUAGAUAUUGACUUUUUUUUUCCAAUUCCUCAGCAUGACCCUUUUUUAACAGGUGUCAUUUGUUCAAUGAGAAAUUUCAGAUUAGUCAAUGCCUUAUGCCAUUUGUGCUUACAACAAAAAUGCACAUUAACAAAUUGCAUAAUUUAUUGUACGCCUGGAGUUGUUAUUGAAUCUUCUGAAGGCCCUUCUUUCUCAUUUGAAAUACUCUUCUUAUUAUUAUUGAAUGAUGAAAACAAGCAAGUUACUUCCCAAAACAGAGAAGAACCUCAAAUUUUUAGAUACUUUGUCAGAAUUUCUGAGGAUUUUUUUAGAAAGUUGAGAGGAUUGUUUUUCUCUCACAGACCAGAAAAUGUGGAAAUUCUCAGUACUGAUGUGUUUACAUAAGAAAGGUUCAGUUUAGCUGUCUGAGAUCUGGAGCACAUGGUCAAGUUCACCAAAAGAAAGCCAACAAAAAUGGCCUUCCAGAGUAGGCUGAUCUUCAUCUAUACUCUGCCAUAAUGAGUUAGAAAUACUUAGAAACUUGAAGCAGGGACAUGGAGACUUGUGGCAUGAUGGUGCUAACCAGGGCCGGAAGGAGGGGGAACUGCGCCCAGGGCACGCGUGCGCCCCGCGCCCCUGCCACACCCCCACCCAUCUUGGAAUGCCCCUGCCAUGCCCCUGCACUGGCGAGCGCCCGAUGCAUCACGCACACACACACCUCGCCAUCCCCUUGGUGCUACGCCACUGGUUCUAAUGCCCCAAUAAGUACUUCAUGUCAAGUUAUGAGUUGGGUAGGAAUUGUGUGCCAGUGGGAGAUUAUUUGCAGUAACAAGCCAGUGACAGUUGUACUGUUGAAGGCUUUCAGUGCUGGAAUCACUGGGGUGUUGUGGGGUUUCUUGGUUGUAUGGCCAUGUUCCAGUAGCAUUUUCUCCCGAUGUUUCGCCUGCAUCUGUGGCUGGCAUCUUCAGAGGAUCUCAAUGACAGUUGUUCCAGCCCUGGGAUAAAUCUGUAUCUGAUCUUGCAUAAAGGUGGUUUAAUGACAGCAUGAAUCAAUAUUACUUUUACAAUCAUAGGGACCAUAGGAAGGAUGGCAGCCACAUACACAUCCUAUCCAAUAACAUGACCCCCUGAGUAUCCUCUGUGCCACACAAAUUUUCCUUCAAUCCCUGCCCAGACAAAGCUGUUUCACUAUCCCACGCUGUUUCUCAUUUUCUACCCCUCCUCCCUCUCUUGUCUUCAGAGUUUCCAAUGAGAAUGAUUGAAGUCCUCUGGUUUCUUGGAUAGUGUGGCGGCUUGCAACAUCAUGCUGCAGAAUCUUGAGAAAAUUUAUUUGCACCACUAUUAAAACACAAGGGCACCCUUAAAGUUGCCUUCCAUUUCAGGUAGCCUGGAGGAAAUGAAUGUUGGCUCUUGUACCCUGUUAUGGAAAUGGGACUCAGUCAAGGACCCCAGACCUGAGACAGAAAGGGAGAACUGGUUCUGUGUGAUAGUGGGCAGUUUGUGUGUGGUGUCCAUGACAUACUUGAUGCUGCCCUUAAUGACUGCAUGGUGUUAUGCUAACCCUGUUCUUGGCACAAGCUAGCAAAACACCUGUUGUAUCUACUCAGAUUACAUCAAAAUGACUUCAACUAGCUUAAUAACUAGCAUUCCCUCUAUCCAGAGAUCCCAUGAACUGUAUUUCUAUGAUCAGGGCUCUCUUAAACCAGCAUUCGCAAUACUCUCACCAAGUUACAGCUCCCAGAAUCCUUUGGAGGAAACCAUUACAAUUUUAAAACUGGUACAUAUUUGUGGACAUGUUUGCUUUUAAGAUGGUAUACCUGCCAAAAUGUAUUUACAGGAUUCAAAAAGAAAAAAAAACAUUCCAAGUUACUUGUCUUUUUUCCCCCUUCAUCCCGGAAGAAUAUGGUACAUCUCCUGUGAACCUUUCAGUGUUCUUUUGUAUAAUAAUUGUAAAACAGAAUUUGUUAAUGUAAAUAGUAAUAAAUUAUUGAGAACCCUAAUUCUUUUGCAGGAUAUGUUACUGAUAUAUUUUAAUGAAAUAAAAUAUUAUUCCUCUUAAA